CGUCGUUUCGUUUCAUAAAAGUGAAAUAUUGUGAUCUUUUGACUGAUUUUAUGUGGUUAUUCCACGUCUACAGCUUAUAUUCAUUAUUUCUUAUGAUCACUAAACAUUCAAGGAUAAUUUUGAUAUCGGUUUUGUGAAAGUGUGAACUUGGAAGUCCAUUCUAAAUAAAGUGAAAUUCACUCUCAGAGUUUCAGGAUGUGAUUCAGACUGUGCAAGUUCAGGAUGUGGCAUAUUCAGAAGCAUAUCUCUUGGUUCAACUUUUGUUCUGAAGACAUAUGAUGAGGAGUACAAAUGAACUACUUUUUGCUACCUAGUGGUAGACAUAAUCAGAAACUGGAUACAUUUUACAGCUUGCUAACACAUAAGGGACAAAGAUGGAUGAAAAGAGAGUAGUCGAUUACUUCGUCGUUGCUGGUCUGCCCGAUAAUCCGCUACCACUGGAAGAAUACUCAAACGAGGCCAUCUUGAAACCUGAACACAAGCAAGACCCUAUAAUCGAUAUAGCGGUCAUCAAUAAGAGCACUGGGGAACAACCACCCAAGGGAUUCACCUGCAUAGAGAAGACACCUGCUGGACACUCCGCUGAUUUGAAUCAUGGCAGUUUACGAAGUCCGGAGAUAUACUUGUGCUACAAGAGAGGGCGUAAUAAGCCGUCCCUCACAGAUAUUGGAGUUCUAUAUGAAGGCAAGGAGCGUGUGAUGCUGGGAUGCGAGGUUGUAUACAUGACUCCCCAAGGACGACCAGCUAAUGUCAACAACAGUAACAGUAGUCGCAUUUACAUAACGUAUCGGCGGGCAGAUGAGUCUGCGGCAAGUGAUACUCUGGCGGUCACAGAUAUUUGCAUUAUUCUGGGGAACAAGGGAGAGACACCACCACAUGCAUUCUGCCAGAUACCAAAAAAUCUCAACAAAGGCAUGGUCGGGUCUGAUGUAUAUUUGUGUUACAAGAAGUCAAUGGUCAAAACAAAUACAAUAGCCUACAAUGCUGGCACCUUGAGUAGAUAUCCAUUGGAAGACCACCCCAAUUUCCCCAUGCCAGAUAACGUGCCAAUGUUCUGCUUACCGAUGGGAGCAACGAUAGAGUCCUGGUCAUCGAAAUCUCAACACCCGCUACCUGUUUUCUCAACGUUUAUUCUGACUGGAAAUUUUGAAAAGCUGUAUGGUGCUGCAAUAACAUUCUAUGAAGAAUACCCUGAGGAAAAGCUGACAGAGUUGCAGAAGCGACUGCUUGGCCUCAGGGGGCCUAAAUCAGCCCACAGUCACCAGACGGUGCACAUCAACAAGAGCAUCUGUCUCUUGUCCCAUUGGCCUUUCUUUGAUGCCUUCAAGAAGUUCUUGUCAUACCUUUAUAGGAUAUCCAUUGUGGGGCCUCACACUGUGCCUCUGGAAAGACACAUUAGCCACUUCAUGCAUGAGGUUCCAUUUCCCUCACCCCAACGGCCAAAAAUACUUGUACAGUUGAAUCAUGAAUCCCUGUGUCUGUCUCAGCCGGAGGAAACGCCAUUAACCUUGAGUGGUGCUUCGUUCAUGACCUUGCUCAAGAACCUCGGUCCCGACAACUGUCUUAACGUCCUACUGUUUGUUCUGUUGGAACACAAGAUCCUGGUGCACUCCCUACGACCGGCAGUCCUCACCAGUGUAGCUGAAGCUAUGGCUGCUAUGAUUUUCCCGGCCCACUGGCAGUGCCCCUACAUUCCUCUUUGCCCGCUAGGUCUCUCAGGCGUCCUGAGUGCACCUUGUCCCUUCAUUGUCGGCGUUGACAGCCGCUACUUUGACUUGUAUGACCCUCCUUCAGAUGUGACGUGUGUGGAUCUUGACACUGUUACAAUUACGCAGCCUGAACGUCGAGCUGUGAACUACAAACUAUUGCCUAAGAGGCCUCUGCGUGUUUUGAAGCAGACCCUGACUGAGUUGUUUGAAACCCUCUGUGAUAUGGGCUCCAAUUGCAGCACCCCUGAGGUGUCCUUAGAAAUGGCACCUCUCGACCAUGAUUCCAGGAGAAGAAGAAGAGAGCUGCUAAUUGAAAUAGAGAUCCAGGAAGCCUUCUUGAGAUUCAUGGCCUGCCUACUGAAAGGCUACAAACAGUACCUUCUGCCGAUCACCAAAGCACCCACAAUUGGGACAACUGAUGCCGCGUCACUUUUUAAUAUGCAAGAAUUCCUCCGAAGCCGUGAUAAAGCGUACCACAAGUUUUUCCAGCAGUUCAUGAAGACGCAAACAUUCAUACGCUUCAUUGAAGAAAGGACGUUCAUCUCUGAUAAGGAUGCUAGUUUAGCAUUCUUUGAUGAGUGCUGUGAGAAGGUUGAUGAGAACUCAGAUGAGCCUCGUUUGAUUGAACUUGACGACUCGGGGAGAAGUGAACUGACGGUGCUCAUAACACCACCUGAACCCACGGGUCUACCUCCUGGUGAGAAGUACAGCUACAAUGGUUUCCCCGAGCUGAAGCCUGAGCUCUUCCUACCCAUGAAGCGCCCCCUGCUCACUCCGGCCAAACAGAGUCAGUGUCCGAACAGCCCCAUGGCAAGACGAACCAAGCAAGAGAUCAAAUCUGCCCAGAAAAUUGCUCAGGAACAUUCAACACAACCAAGUUUGUGGGCCAAGUGCCUACUUGGCCACUGCUUCAGUCUGUGGUUCAUCCACCUUCCCUCCUAUGCCAAGUCCACCCAUUCCAAGACAAAGGCAUUACACACUGCCUAUGAUGUCCUGGUCAAGAUGCAGGCCGCACGUCUCCCACAGCCCGAUGAGGUCUGCUACAGGGUUCUCAUGCAGCUCUGCGGUGUCUACCAGCAACCUGUCUUGGCUGUCAAACUGCUCUUUGAGAUGAAGAAGCAUGGGAUACAGCCCAAUGCUAUCACAUAUGGUUUCUAUAAUAAGGCUGUGUUAGAGAGCCGGUGGCCUACCUCAACAACCAAUGCUUACCUGUUAUGGACUAAACUAAGAAAUGCCAUCAUAGCAGUGGCGCAGUUCCGCCGAGCACUGCGGCGGCGCAGCCUUUCCUUGUACUCAAACUCGGAGAGUGAUUUUGAUGUGACGAGCAUGGAUAGUGUAGUGGUCGAUGAGGAACAGAGUCGAAAGAAGGAUUCUGGAUUGGUUGCUGAUAUCGAGGAUGGGGCCGAGAUUACAAAGAAUAAGAAGAAAAAGAAGACUGAGUUUGUCAAUGACUUGAUUGCAGUUGGUGCUGCUCACGGAGGCAGUACUGAUGUUGUGUCUGACCGUGGUUACAGCUCCAUGACACAGGAAGAUGCACAGUCCCUUUCCAAAGCCAUGAGCAAUGAGCUUCUUGACCUCGAUAGCCCUGCCGGCGUGGAAGAAAAGCAGAUCAAGGCAAAAGUUCCAGAGAAACCAAUGAUCGAUCAGGUGGACAAGGUGGAAAAAGUCGUGAAGGACUCACCGAGAAGAAAGACAUCCAGGGAACACCUUAUCGGCAAGCGAAGAGUGACAGUGGCCUCUUUCCAACCAAUAGACCCUCCAGUCGAUGACUUCCGACAAAGAGUUGGAAGUAUUGUGCGGCGGUCGUUGAGCAGUGUUGGGAGCAACAGCAGCAUAGGCACACUGAUGGGAAGCACUUCACAACAUCAUAUCCAUGGCAGUUCUGCAGGCCUGCUCAUGACAAGUCAGACGUCUGUCGAUGAAAGUGUCUUUGACGGAUUGGGGGCAGGAGACAUGAACUCAAACGAACGAAUACGGCGACGACAUCGCAGUGCUGGUGAUAAUCGCCGAGGACGAUUAGGUGGUGCUGGUUUGCAAAAUUCCUGGCGGACUCGUCAUAGGAGUGGUGACCCGAACAUGACAAGUAUCGGCAUGAAAAAACAGGAUAGUGCUGAACGGGGGGAUGAGAAUUCAAUGCAGGGAGAUGUGAUAGAGAAGGACAAGUUGGUGUCUGAUUUGACAAAUUCUAGUAGCGAAUCGACUACACCAAGAAAAAAUGAUGACUUAGAACCCAGUAGGAUGCAGGCGCGUGCUUGUCUUGCUGGUAUUGCUCCGAUCCUAGCCCCUGGCCCGGAUAUUCUAUGUGAUUUCGAGGAGCCAAGGACUCCAACUGCUUUGAGUGUUAUCGCGGAGACAAAGGCGGCGACUAGUGUGCUAGAAAGGACGCCUGUGACAGAAAAUGACCCGUUGGGUUUGUUUUUAGAAACUGGUGCUGUAAAUGUUGUUGCGCGUUCUGAGCAGAACUCUGUUCAGAGUCCGUCUGCAGAUUUAUUGACUCUAAAUCUGGGUCCAGGUGGUGACAGUAGUACAGACUUCAGCCCCGCAUCACCAACAAUUCUAAAAAGUGGAACAGGUUCGCCAACUAUAGUGAAAAGUCGCUCAGACAGUGCCCCAGCAGAUAUGAACGCGAAGGCUGUGAAAAGAAACUUAUUGAUUGACUUGGCUAGUUUAGAUCCUUUUUCAGAUUCGAAUAGUGAGUGCCAAAGACUCUUUAUAAACGGUGGCGAGGAUGAACUCCCUGAACGAACUCGCCUGCAUACUAUUUCAGAAUGUUCAGCUGCCUCGAGUGGGCGGCAGUACCGGAUAUCGGAGAGUUCGAAUUCUAGUUACCAUAGUGACGGUGAACCAUGGUCACCGUUGUCACCUCAGAAAGAGGAGGCGAACGAUACAGAACGUGCUGUGUCCAGUCCGCAGAAUAUAGCAAAACCCCUCAUGAUGCAACGUAGUGAAUCCUUUUCAGAAGUUUUGAAGUUGGCUGCGAAGAAUGUCACGAGUAGAAUCACAGAACUGAAGCAGUCCAUUUCUUCAUCAAUUAGCUCACCAACUAGUAGUUCAAAAACGGGUAGUUCACUGCCAAAGGCUUUCGCUUUGGACCAAAUGUUUUCUGAUACGGAUGAUAUUUCUUAUAAGAGUUGGCGUCGUGCGUCGGAGGCUAGCGUCGAUUAUCUUAGUCGGAGUGAUAACAUUCUAGAGGAGAUGGGCCAGUAUAUGGAUGCCGCCAAGAAUUUACCACGGAAUUCCUCUUCCAGUAAACUAGGCUCCAGCGCUCCAAGCCAAGCUCCCAUCGAGAAACUCAUCCCCAUGAAAGAUCUCGUAAAGGACCUGGAGCGUUUAGACACCACUAAAUUCUCCUCAGCGCCAAGUCUUCCGCAGUCGCUUCAUAAUAUCGCCAUGGAUGUGGAGAUGAGCAGCUGCUCACGGUGCUCGCAUUGUAAUUCUUUGUUGUAUGAUGAGGAGAUCAUGGCUGGUUGGUCAGCAGACGACUCGAACUUGAACACCUCGUGCCAGUUCUGUGCUAAGAGACUAGUGCCAUUUUUACACAUUUAUAUCAAGGAUUGGCGAAGUCAUAACCGGACACUUUUAACAACGCCAAGUGACUCGUCAGAGAGUGUUCAGAGCAUCCAGUCCUUGCCCUCAGGACCAAGCAACCCAAUCACUAAUAAGCUCAUUGCGCAGAAUAAGGUUCAUAAUACCAGCGAUCAUUCAGUUAAUUCUGUGAGGAGUGAAGAUGGGAUAUUGCUGCAUCUGGAGGAGAACAAGUCAGAUAGUGGAGACAGUGACAGUCCUAAGAAACAAGAAGGGAGUAAUCUAAUUGACUUUAGUCCUUCCCAUUUGGCCAAAGGUCCCAUUGUAAACAACAAACAAGUUGAGCGGCGGCGCUGCACAAGCGAGUGUGCACCUGCAACCAAUGGAACAGCAAGUCCAUACAGAACAGGAAAAGACCCCAUACCAGAUGAGGAAAGUCGUGGCUCAGGGCCUAACAGGAAACAGCCUCUGAGCCUUGACCCCAUCUCUGUGCCAUACUUGAGUCCACUGGUAUUGAGGAAAGAAGUGGAGAACUUACUGGAACAAGAUGGAGAUUCAUGUCUCAGCAAGUCGGACUUUGUCGAUGAUCAUCCUAUCAUAUACUGGAAUAUUAUUUGGUACUUCAGACGAAUGGAUGUCUCCAGUAAUCUUCCUGGGUUAGUUCUUUCCGCCAAGUGCACUAACAAGGGCUCACCAUCUAAUGCAACGUGGUUUGGUGGGGACAGUCGACACGUUCUCAUUCGCCUCAAGUGGGACAAUGCGAGAAUUCAUGAAGAGAUUGGCAAGCCUAUGUAUUCGAUGUGGAACAACACUUCUCAAUCAAGGACAGUCAGUGCUCUUCUGACUGAGCAAACAUCAUUUUCAAAGGGUAUAAUGCAUCAAAUUGUUCAGGAUAUCCAGUGUAAUGACAUGGUGGCGCCGAUGAAACUUGUGUUGAAGGAACGUAGACGUGUGGCACAGGCUGGCAAGAAUCGUCAUCGGAGCAUGUACCGAGAAAUUCUCUAUUUGGCUUUCACUGCCUGUGGAAGAGAGGACAUUGAUCAUGAUGCGUUUGAUCGGGAAUAUCGAUUUGCCUUCCAGAGGCUAUCCUCACGGGAAAUGAGCCGCAUCCAGCCGAACGAUCGACCACCAAAUGUCGGUGUGAUUUGGUGUCGGAAGAUCUUCAGUGACCUUAAACUAUAGAGAUGUUAUUUCAUGAUUCUAUGUAAAUAUCUUGGACUGAUACUUGUCCCUCAUUCAGCUUUCGAAUAUCCUUAAAUUCUUUUUUGAAUUGUAUGAAAACUUUUCUGAGGUUUUACACUAGUCACAUACUGAAGGCUACCACUUUUCAUUGUGUUCUAAGCAAUGGUUCAACAAAACUUUACUGUAGGAUAAAGCUAUACCGAUUUUUAUAAGGCUCAUCUUUAAAUCCUAGAUACAUAUUUACAGUUAUAUUCAGCUGAUAUUUAGACCAUCAGGCUUUUAAAAAUGGUACAUUCAGCGGGGUCAAAUUCUGUUGUGAACAUAUUUUAUCAAGCCUGACGUGCUUGACAGAGCUGAUAAGUUACGAAAUAUCAAAUAUGGGGUAAAGGGUAGACUGCAUUAAAGUUUAGUCCUGGAGAUUUGUACAAAACCUUUAUUUACAGAAAUUACUUCCCAGUUAUGACAUUUCUGCGGGUUAAUGAUCUUCCUGUAAGAUGGUCAUCUCUAAUGCGUCACGUGCUGAAGGGCAUUUAGGAAUUAUCUGUAUAUAUUGGCUGUUUUCCUCCAUAAUUGUUGAUAUAUUUUGAUUACUAACUUGAUAGAUUUUAUCACUGUUGGUGAAUAUGAAAUCCUUUCCAUCCAGUAGCUGUAGGACUACCUUUAAUCUAAAAGGGAAUCAUUCAUGUUAUGGAGGAUGCAUCAUGACACCCUGAUGAUUUGACUUGAAUAAUUAGGGUAAUGUCGACAUAUCAAGUAAAAAAAAGAAGGUUUUCAGUGUGACCAAAACUAAGGACUGUACUUUCCUCAAAUCCUUGAAACUUGGCUGAGUUGGUUUGGCUAUUUCUCCAAGUCGGGGAUUGAGUAAAUAACAGGAAUAACUACACCAAAUAACAGAUGUGAUCCUCGUAGUUUCAUUUGUCAGUUAUGGUGCAUCAUUUGGUCAUAAAAGUGUUGUUAUUUCCAGAAUUCCCUUCUCUUGCCCUUGUUCAUGCUAAAACAUAUAGCUUGGUGUGUUUAAUUUGCAAUUUUGUACUUCUGUGCCAUACUGAUGUCUCUGUGUCAUUUAGGUCGGGGCAUCUUUAAGAAUGAAUGCACUGAGAGGAUGUCAUUGGCUUAUCCACUUGUUUUUGUUUACAAAUGUAUAUUUUGGCUUGUUUUUAAUAGACAAGGAUGAAUUAGUUAGUCCUUAUAACAAAGGAGGAGGGGUCACUUCCUGUGAACUCGGAAAUAACCUCAGUGUACUUUUAAUUAAGCAUUUUGACAACUCCACGACAGUAAUUUCAGUUAGAUUUUCUUUUCUGUGGUCAUUUAUUUUUGCGAUUAUCUGUAAACGCGAAAAUAAAAGGCAAACAAAUGUUUCCGGGAUGACAGUAUUUAGGAACCGAUGUACAAUAACUUAGGCUUGUUGAAGUUAAAAGAUAUAUUUUUGGUCUGAAGGGAAGGGCGUUCUCAUUUUCAAGAACUUAAUGACAUGUCUUGAUGUUUCCUUUCAGCUAAGAUUAAAGGAACAGUGUCCCUAGAUAAGGCGAGGCCGAUACUAAUAUAAGUUCACAGAGUUCCUUUGCAGAAUGUGCUGCAGAUAUGCACCCAGAGGUGUGCAGUAAUUAGUUGGUAGAAUGUCUGUAGAGAUCCGAGAGUCAUCUAACAACUUCAUUCUGUAGGACUAAACUUUACACUGUAUUUGUGCCUGCUCAGCAGGAUCUUUGGCCACUCCUCCUUGAGAAUAACUCCGAACUCGCUUGUACAGAAUUACUGUGUAAAUUUCUUGUCAAGGAUAUAUUGAUUAUGCUUUGGAAAAGUUGGUGUUGGCUAAUCAUAUGUAUAUGUAUUAAUUGAUGCAUCAAUUGGCAUUGUGUAUCCUUAAAUUAAACCUGUUACUUUUGUGUAAAUAAAGCUGUUGAUAAUGGUGAUAUCUUAAUGUUAACGCGCUAGGCCUAGAUGCAAAGUAGUAUAUCACAUGUAUGCGGCUUUAACACCUUCAGCGCCGAACCACAUAGAUCUACGUGGCCCAAAUCCCCCCUCCCCUUUGAGCUGGUUAUCGGAGUCUCAUGGACUUCAUGAAAGAACUGGUAAGGUAGGAACUGAAAAGAUCAAACGGUCUUUUCAGUUCCUUCCGUGCCCUGAAGAUGGCGAUGGCGUAGUUCAGAACUUUAAAUGACUUCAUGAAAGAACUUCGCCAUCGCCAUCUUCAGGGCAAGGUAGGAAAUGAAAAGUCCUUCCUGCCUUGCCCUAAAGACGGCGAUGGCGUAGUUCUUUCAUGAAGGCCAUGAGACUCCGAUAACCGGCUCAAAGGGGAGGGGGGAUUUGGGCCACGUAGAUCUACGUGGUUCGGCGUUGAAGGUGUUAAUGAUAUCUACAGUGUUACUGUUACUAGGGCAAUUCUUGGAUGUAUCAAGACAGUUGUGUUGCAUUGUUUCCUCUUUAUUGAGUCGGCAACAUUUGUUUUUAAAACAAAUUUAAAGGUAAUUUUAAAGAAUGUUGUGGCUAUUCAUACCUGACUAUAAUGAUAUUCCUGUAGGCUAUUCUUAUGUCAGUACUGGUAGUUUUUUUAUGUCAGUUCAGUAUGGCCCCAGGAAUGUGGGGUUCACAUUUCUAUAAGAAAUGAAAGUGAACUGCCUGUAAACAGCAGCAGCAUUAGUUGAAUUUUCCUUCCAUCAUUUCUCUUAUUUCAGAGUUUCUUUUUAAUUAUUGUACAAGAAGAUUUGAGAAAUAUUUGUAGUGUCAGCUCAGACUCGGAGUACAACAUUUAUCUAUCUAUGAACUUUCAUUUUGACUAUGCAGAGUAUUUAGAAAUCCGUGUUUUUUUUAGUGCAUUUCACUGGUCGCAGCUAAAUGGUAAAGUACCAUAAAUCCUAUGAUAUUCAGUGCUAAGCUUUAACUAUAAUUAAUGAGCUUUUGGCAAAAUGACAGCUCCAAACUAGCAGUGUUUGGUGAGACACACUAUACUGACAUUGCGGUGUCAACUUCCAAACUAAGAGGUUAUGGUUGUCUCACUAAAACUUCUGUGGUCAGACUGAGGCUAAGAUAUUAUCCAUUAUAAAAAUAAAACAUUGUAACCAAGAUUUUUUAGAAUCCAGCUGUAGAUCAAGAGAAAAUUUCUCAUUGCGGUUUUAAGUCAUCUGGCACCAAGUGCAAGUGGUGAGUAUCUUUAUGUAUAAUGGUGCAACUAGUUUUCUUGUAAAGUUAAAGUGUUCAUUGUUAAAUUGGCAUAGGCCUAACACCUGUAAUAUUGUACAUAAUGCUUGUUAAAAGUGAAUUCUAUUGUGAUACUGGUGUCGCUCUAUUACUGGAAAUAAAUGACACCUAGAAAUUGCCUAAUUUGAAUUACAUGUAAAUCAAUAAAUGUUAGAAUCGUAAAAUCAA